AUGCCGUAUUUCAAGGACUGUAUUGGAGCUAUCGAUGGAACACAUGUGGAUGCUCGUGUUUCAAAUUCUGAGAAAGCGGCUUAUAUAGGAAGAUGUGGGUCAACGACGCAAAAUGUUAUGGCUGUGUGUGACUUCAACAUGUGCUUUACUUUUAUCAUGGCAGGAUGGGAAGGAAGUGCACAUGAUAGUCGUAUUUUUAAAUUUGCUACUCGUAAUAGACGAAAUAACUUUCCCAUGCCACCUCCCGGAAAAUAUUAUCUUGUCGAUGCUGGUUAUCCAAUGCAACGGGGAUUUUUAAAGCCAUAUCCAGAUACCAAAUAUCAUAUACCUGACUUUGAAAGAGGAAGCCAAUUAGUACGGGGAAGGCAAGAAACUUUUAACAAACGACAUUCCUCAUUAAGAGGCGUAAUUGAAAGAUCAUUUGGUGUUUGGAAGAAAAAGUGGGUCAUACUACGAGAUAUGCCUGCAUAUUCAUUCAAAAAACAAAUAAAAAUAGUGAUUGCAACAAUGGCAUUGCAUAAUUACAUACGUCGACAUCCCACUCGAGAAGACCCAGAAUUCAAUAUAUGUGAUGCAGACAUAACAUAUAUACCAGAAGAGGCAUAUGAGUAUAGAAUUGGACAAUCAUUAGUAGAGACUGAAGAUAAUGGUUAUAGUCAGGAGGCACGAGAUGGUGAAGGUGCGGAUGAGAUGAUCCAUUUGCGAGAGAAAAUCACAGAUGAAUUGAUGGAGAGAUGA